GUGUGUUCUAAUGACCUUUGACCCUGUGCAAGCAUGAAGCUUUCCACAUUAUGCAGACCAUUCUUCUUUGCCAGGAGAUAUCUAUCCUCCAGUGCAACCUGCAGGACCUCCAGCUGCAAGGCUCUUGUCUACCACAAACUGGGUCAGCCUGAGGAAGUGGUCCAGCUGGAUGGAAACCACCCUCUCAGAGAGAUGGGAGCUGACGACAUCACUGUUGAUAUGAUGGUGUGUCCAGUCAAUCCCUCGGACAUUAAUCAGAUACAAGGUGUGUAUGCACUACGACCUCCGCUACCCGCUGUGCCGGGAGGGGAGGGAAUGGGCGUAGUCUCAGCUAUAGGGAGUCAUGUAACCUCAUUACAGACAGGUGAUUGGGUGAUACCUGCAGUCCCAUCACUAGGUCUUUGGAGAACACAAGUGGUUGAGAAUGAGAAGAUAUUUAUGAAGGUUCGCUCGGACAUUGCUAUGGAAACAGCCGCCACUCUGUCUGUGAACCCCACCACUGCUUACAGAAUGCUCAGAGACUACGUGCAUUUGGAAAGAGGUUGUUGUGUAAUUCAAAAUGGAGCUAACAGUGGUGUGGGGGAGGCAGUCAUCCAGUUAGCAGCUGCCUGGGGAUUCAAGACCAUUAAUAUCAUUCGAGACAGGCCUAACUUUGAUGAGGUUAAAAAUUACCUAAUGGAGCUAGGAGCUACUGAAGUUGUCACCGAGGAAUUUUGUGGCUCGCAUAAAAUGACAUCUCUUAUCGAAAGCACAGGCAAGCCUCUGCUUGGACUGAACACUGUCGGUGGGAAGAGUGCUACUAACCUCAUGAAACAGCUAGCGAAUAGUGGUACCAUGGUAACUUAUGGAGGAAUGUCCAAGAAGCCAGUGACCGUGGGGACGGGGUCGCUGAUAUUCAAAGACCUGAGGAUAGUUGGCCAUUGGAACUCGCAGUGGGUCACAAAGAACUCUAAAAGUGAGGACCACCAUACAAUGAUAGACGAGUUGUGUGCCCUAGCAGCCCAGGGCAGUCUCAAGGCCAAACACUGCCUAACACACCCACUCAACGAGUACAGGACUGCCCUCUGCAAAUCAAUGACACCUUUUGUUGGAACUAAACAGCUUAUUAACAUGCAGCCUUAAAAAUAAUUGUAGUUGGUUUUGCAUGUCUGAAUUAUGUCUGUAUAAUAAUUAUCAUUGUGUGUGUGAGAUCAAUAAUGAAUAACACUGUUUUGAUAUAAUUA